AAGUGAUCACUCGUUGCCACAUUCUUGUCGUCUCUCCGGCGAAGAACCCCAGUUGCUUCGAUCCGACGGGCUUCGCGAUUCCGCCUCCUAGUUAAGCGCGUUGUUUGCUUCGGCUUUAUUUUGAUUUCUUAAGAGGAUAUCCUGGUGCGAUCUGCUUUUCCUGGGGUUUGGUUCUUCUCCCCCUCUUCUGUUGAGUCAAUUCGAUGAGUUCUUGUCUUGGACUAGGGUUGGUAUAUUCCAGAUGGUCCUUGAACUUCUAAGACAAGUAUAGUGAGCAGAUUGAAGAAAUUUAAAGAAAGAGUGGUGGUACUGCAGCCAGAGUUGGAUGAAAUUGGAGUGUCUGCCUGUAGCUAGGAUAGGAUGCGUAUCGAGGAAGUGGAGAGGGAGUUGAGGAAUUGCUAUCAAGAGAUAGAAUAUUUGCAGGAUCAAUUGAAUUUGCAGAAUGUUGAAGCAAAUUUUAUGGCUGAGCAAGUUCAGAGUCUUGAACUAAAACUUGCGGGAGCUGAAAAGUUAAAUGAUAAGCUAAAGAUAGUUAGCAAUGAAUUAGUGCAAGCAGAUUCUCAGUGUUUGAGAUUAAUGAGGGAGUUGAAAAAUACAAAGGAGGAGCUGAUAAAGUCUGACCUGCAAAGAGAGAAUCAUGAGGCAGUGAUUUUGGAUUUACAAUGUGAAAUUGAGAGUUUGAAACUUGAGAUUACUGCCUUAGAGCAGAGAUAUGUUGAAGAUGAAAGACUAGGGCAACAACUAGCUGAAGAGAAAACAAGAACAGAUGAAUGUUUUGUGACAUUACAAAUUCAACUCAAGGAGAAGCAACACGUAAUUAGUUGUCUGGAAGAUGAGAACACAGUUCUACGAGAGAGGAUGAUAUUAUUUCAUGAACAUGCUAACCAGUCUCCCAAUGAUGUUAAACUUGACAAGUAUUUGAGUCCUUCCUCAGGGAAUGUAGCGCCAUCCAUUGCUAAGCAAACUGCAACAUCUCAAGAUGAAAUUGUGAAAGAUGAGAUAGAGAUGAUGGCUAAACAGAUCCAUGAAUCUGGGCUUCUAGUCAAGCAGCUCAAGGAAGAGCUAAAGGAAGUCAAGCUCAAGGCCAAUGAAGAAGCAGAAGAUCUUACUCAAGAAAUGGCUGAAUUGAGAUAUCAGUUCACAGUCAUGCUUGAAGAAGAAUCCAAACGUCGAGCUUUUGUUGAAGAAGCAUCUAUUAGGAGAGUUGAAGAUUUAGAGUUGCAGGUGCAGAAUGAGCAAGAAAGAUCGGCCACAGCCAUGAGGCGUUUCCAGGAAGUAAAUGAACUUGCUAAGAAGCAGUCCACUGAAAUUAGCAAAUUACAGAGAGCACUGGAGAAGCUUCACCUGCUCCCUAAACCAUGUCAAGGGAAUAAACCUUGCUUUUGUGGUUAUUGCAAAAUAGACCCAAUUGUUUCUGGCAUAGAAACAUCUAAUAAUGUUGGAGAUUUAGAUGUGGUCUGUGCCAAAAAGGUGCAUCAUGAAAUUUCUACUGAAGCUGAGAAAAUUUCUAGCGGGCAAUACUGAAUCUGAUAAUUGAAGCAACAAUAUUCAAGUGCUUGGCUUGUUACUCCUCCGAAUAAACUGCUGGCUAGUAAUUAUGAUUUUGCUAAAAGCAUCUGAAUUGCAAAUCCUAAGGGUGAUGUGGAGAUAUCGGCCAAACUCUUUGAUUGAAAAAGAAGUCUUUUUUUUUCAAUCAUGAAUCAUUCUGAUGUGGAAAUUUCUGGAAACUCUUAGUCAAAUUUACUGUAGUGUAAAAUAUUGUGAGAAAUUUUAUUGACUCGGGCAGUAAACGUUCUAAUAAUGGUUUUUUCUUUGUAAUUAAUGUGUGUCUUGUUAUGUCAUGAUUUUCAGUUGAAAAUUGUAUCAGCUGCAGUUAAGCAUCGGUGUACUCGGCGGUGGAAUGACUGUACAGUUUCAGCAUAUGAAAAACUGCUGCUGUUGCGUGAAGGAAACAACUA